UCGUCUCGUGUGUGUUGGACCUGUGCAGGUCUCCGUCAGUGUAAAUCCCGUCUCUCCAGCCGGCCGACAUGGCGACUGUGAGGACGCUCAUAUGCUGCACAGCAACCUGCAUCUGAAGCGGCUCCGGCGGGCAGCUCCACGGCAUCACCGCGUAUUUGUGGGCAAACGCACGCUUGGACACAGUGGAUUUAUAAUCGGGGCUGAGUGAGGAAGACCAUGGUGGAACAGGGCCAGAUGUCGUUGGCGGGGCAGAGGUUAGGGGCACCAGAGACUCUGGGCAUCAGCACACUGGAGCCCGGACACAAACCGCCUGCGAUGCCACCCGGACGCCUGCUGCCCAUCAGAGUCCUGCUGCUGGAUGACUCAGAGGAGAUAUUCGACAUAUCGCAUCGAUCAUCUGGACGGGUUCUGUUCGAGAUGGUCUGCAUGCAUCUGAACCUUGUUGAAGGCGAUUACUUUGGCCUGGAGUUCCAGAGCCAUCACAGAAGGAUGGUUUGGCUGGAUUUACUAAAGCCCAUUAGAAAGCAGAUCACACGGCCCAAGCACACCGUCCUUCGGUUUGUUGUGAAAUUCUUCCCCCCUGAUCAUUCCCUGCUGUUGGAGGAGCUGACCAGGUACUUGUUUGCGCUGCAGGUCAGGCAGGAUCUGGCCAGCGGACGUCUCACCUGUAGUGACGCCAGCGCUGCUCUUUUGGUGUCUCAUAUCAUCCAGUCUGAGAUUGGGGAUUUUGAGGAAACUCAGUGUAGACAGCAUCUGCUUAACACCAACUACAUCCCUGACCAGAUGGCCCUGAUGGACAAAAUCAUGGAGUUCCACCAUAAACACAUUGGGCAGACUCCAGCAGAGUCAGAUUACCGUUUGCUAGAGGUGGCGUGCAGAUUGGAGAUGUAUGGUAUCCGACUUCAUCCCGCUAAAGACAGAGAAGGAACCAAGCUCAGCCUGGCUGUAGCACACGGAGGUGUCCUCGUGUUUCAGGGGCACAACAGGAUCAACAACUUUAACUGGUCUAAAAUACGCAAGCUGAGUUUCAAGAGAAGAAGGUUUCUCAUCAAAUUAAGAGCAGACCCUGGCCAGAAUGUUAAUCAAGAUACUCUGGAGUUUUUGAUGGCGAGUCGGGACUGCUGUAAGAUGUUUUGGAAGAUCUGUGUGGAGUAUCACGCCUUCUUCAGGCUGUUUGAGGAGCCCAGACCCAAACCUAAACCAGUGCUGUUCAGCAGGGGCUCUUCCUUCAGGUUCAGCGGACGGACACAGAAGCAGGUGAUAGAUUAUGUGAAGGAAAAUGAGUUUAAAAAACUGCCCUUUGAUAGGAAACAUAGUAGAGUGCAGUACAACAGUAGCCUGUCACCUCUGCGUUCUGCACAGCACCAAGUGCCAAAUCAAGCUGUCAAGCAGAGCUGGGAUGGCUCAUUUUUAGUAAGCUCUGAAGACUCUGCGGUGUUAAGACCAUGUGGAAACUCCUCCCCGUCGACUCAGCGGAACGGAUGCAGUGACCAAACGUACCCCAUUAAAGAGGACAACAGAAGUCAGGCAGCUAAGCAGUCCCCCAUCGAUCGAGCAGAGGUGACGUGUGCUUCGGUCACAUUAGUUAAUGGUCACGCUGAUGACUGUAGAGGAGCGACGCCGUCUCCUCUCAUCUCGCCCAUGCUGAAUGACAGUGGUGCCAUACGCACUGAUGAUGAGGAGGACAACAGGAGGAAGAUCUGUCCAGCUGAUAAGGCAUAUUUCAUUGCUAAAGAGCUGCUGAGCACUGAGAGGACGUACCUGAAGGACCUGGAGCUGAUCACAGCGUUUCAGGGAGUGUUGGAUAAAGAGGACUGUGUUCCUGACACUCUGAAGACACUGUUGAGCUCCACCUAUGAGCCGCUACAUUCCCACCACAAACACUUCCUCCAGGAGCUCGAGGAGAGACUAUCACUGUGGGAAGGCCGUUGCAGUAUGCAGGAUAAGGAAGAUUUCCAGCAUGUAGGAGACCUGCUGCUGAAAACCAUACAGCACCUCAAGUCUCUCUCAGCUCAGCUGCAGACGAGCUCAGAGUGUGUGUACGCGCUGGAGAGAGCGUGCGCUGCGUCCCGGCGGCUGGAGCACGUGUGCCGUGAGUUUGAGCUGCAGAAGGUGUGUUACAUUCCAUUAAACGUCUUUCUUCUGAGUCCUCUACAUCGCCUGCUGCACUACAGACAGAUCCUGGACAGACUCUGCAAACACCAGCCGCCAACACACACCGACUACAGCCACUGCAGAGCUGCAUUGGACGAUGUGUGUGAACUGGAGGCUGUGCUUCAUCCUGGUCUGGUGGAGAUGGAGAACUAUCAGAAACUCCUGGAACUUCAGAAGGACGUGACUGGUGUUGAGCGUCUGGCCGCGACGGGACGUCAGCUCAUCAGACUGGGCUGCCUCAGCAAGCUCUCUGGGAAAGGCCUUCAACAGCGCAUGUUCUUCCUGUUCAAUGAUGUCCUGUUGUACAGCACUCGAGGAAUAACUUCAGCCAAUCAGUUCACAGUGCACAGACAACUUCCUCUACGCGGCAUGACAAUCCGGGAGAGUGAGGAUGAGUGGGGCGUCCCGCACUCCUUCACCCUGAUGGUGCAGCAGCAGUCACUGGUGGUCGCCGCAUGUUCAGAGUCAGAAAUGGAGAAAUGGAUGGAGGAUUUAAAGAUGGCGGUUGACAUGGCUGAAGAGUCUGAUGAACCGACCUCUGACCUGCUGACUCCCAGCAAGGAUGUCACAUCCUCAGGGGCGUCUGAAGUGGAGUCAGAGGAUGAUGUUUGUGGGUCUCAAACAUCUUUGCCGCGUCAUGGCAACAGUUCAGCAAACAUGCUUCACCGCGGCAACACUACGGCACACGUGUGUUGGCAUCGCAACACCAGCGUUUCCUUGCUGGACUUCAGCAUAGCGACGGAGAACAAGCUCUCAGGAAAUCUGCUCAGAAAGUUCAAAAACAGCAACGGCUGGCAGAAACUCUGGGUGGUUUUCACCAGUUUCACCCUGUUCUUCUACAAAACACACGAGGACGAGUUUCCUCUGGCCAGUCUGCCGUUGUUGGGUUACUCCGUCACAGAUGCUGGAGAGUCUGAAAACAUCCAUAAGGAUCACGUCUUCAAACUGCACUUCAAAUCUCACGUCUAUUACUUCAGAACUGAGAGUCAGUACUUUUUCGAAAGAUGGAUGACGGUGAUCAGAAGUGCUACAGUCUCUGCCAGCAGAACCCGCUAUCUGAACCGGACAGAACCGGACUGAACAGCAUACAACCUGCCGUCUGAACCCCACAGAAACUGCCAUGUGACCGGGACAGAAAACAACACAAGCCAACAGACCCAUGCAGCCAUCUCAGUGUGUGUGUGUAUGUGUGUGUGUGCUUUAUGACAACGUCACUUUUGUGACUGACUUUCUUUUUUAAAUAAUAGUGUUACAUAAUAUGACGUUAAAGGGGAAUGUCACCACUCGCUCAGAUAUCAGCCUCAGGUACGCUUUAUUCCUAUCAUUUGUAAUUUUGCUGAAUUAAGGUUCUUAAGCUCCAUCAGUGACAUUAAAGCUUUAUUAUACACUCUUAAAAAUAAAGGCUCCAAGAGGGUUUUUCCCCAGUGAUGCCAUAGAAAAUCCACUUCUGGUUCCCCAAAGAACCUUUCAGUGAUCAGUUCUUAAAAGAACCACUUUUUCUUAGUGUGAAGAACAUUUUAAAAAUAUAAAGAACCUUUUGUCCAGUGAAAAGGUUCCAUGGAUGUCAAAGGUUCUUAAUGGAACCUUCACUGCCAAUAAAGAGCCUUUAUUUGUAAGAGUGUAAAGGUGAAAAUCAGAGAGUAAAACAGGACAGAUCACAGAGGAUUUCACACUCCAGUACCGAGAUCAUCAUUGUACUUGCACUUUGGAUAAAAGGUGCCUCCAAAUCUCUAGCAAAAACUGCAUUAUGGAUUUUAUAAAAAGGCCUCAAAUAUUUCAAGGUGCUAUGUUCCUGAUUAUGCUGGGUUUGAAUAUGACAUGAGGUGAACUGAGGUUUAUUACCACAUAGAUAGGCCUAUUUAUAGCGUGUGUUGACAUACUGAAGUCAAUAUCUUGAGAAACUGAAAGACAAAGUGUUAGUAAAGGCUCAGAGAUGAAGAGAGAGGUGGAAUUCCCCUUUAAACUCAUGACUUUCCCCAUGAACACACAGGUGCUUUUUGUCCUCUAGUGUAAAGAACAUCACGAACAAGCAUUUCCUGCAUUUUUUUACUGGGCUUUUACAGAAUCUCAUUUUGUAAGCGAUGUUUAAUUGUAAGCGUAAGCCGUAAGUGUCACUUGUCGCCUCUAAAAGGAGGCGGAUCAUUUCAGUGCCAUGGUUUUUAUAGUACAGAUUUCUAUGUUUCUAUGUUUUAGACUUCAGCUGAAACCAUGUUGGGUUCCAGAAGCCAAUGUGCCAAAACCAUUUUGGGUAUUUCUGUUCGUUCCCAUAUUGGAUUGAAUGGUCAAUAAUGAAAAGGCAUUGAGGAUUUAGAGGCAAGUUAUAAAAUAUAUGAACUUUACUGAGCUUAUAUUUAUAGUGUUAAAGUGCCAUUAAGAGCAUAACACACGAGCAUUAUUUUAUGCUACAGCAUUUAUUUUCAUCACCAUGUAGCAUUUGAUAAUGAAGAAGAGAGGAUAUUUUGUUAUUCAAAGCUGUGAGAAGCUUGACACCCCUCACUGUCAUUUUAGGGAUAUCAUUUUCACCAAACUAAGAAACAUUUACCUUAGAUUCAGUAUGCGAUGAGCCACAGCUGUAUAUUACAGGUUAGUUUAGUCCACAGAAGACGUAAAGCUUUAAAAUGUGCAUAUAAACAUGUUUUAGUUUCAUAAGGCCCAAACACUGCUCAAAUGAAAGGAGAGAGAGGAGGAGAGAGAGUUUAUUGGAAAUGAAAGCAAUAAAACCUCAUUCCAGAAA